AUGGCUGAUCCACUCUUCAACACGGAGCGCCAUGUCAAAUACUACCUCCGAUGCCUAAAGACCUUCCUGCCGUCCGCUUACACCUCCAAUGACUCCAAUCGCAUGCUGCUGGGCUACCUGACCCUCUCAGGGCUGGAUGUGCUCGGCGUGCUGUACACCAAAACCACACCGGAAGAACGACAAGGGUACAUCGACUGGCUCUACCACUGCCAAGUGCCAACAGGCGGGUUCCGUGGAUUCCCAGGCACUGACUUCGGACCAGAGAAGCGAAACAAAAACAAUGAAGCCUGGGACCCGGCAAACGUUCCUGCGACGUUCUUUGCGCUGGUCAACUUGCUCAUCCUCGGCGAUGACCUGUCGCGUGUCAAGCGGCGGGAGUGCCUCGAAUGGCUUCCCAAGGUGCAGCGCGCUGAUGGAAGCUUUGGGGAACUCGUCGGUCCCGGUGGGGAUGUAGAAGGAGCUCGCGAUUUGAGAUAUUGCUGCUGUGCAACCGGUGUGCGGUACAUCCUGCGCGGACGAAAUGAGGCUGGGCUUCAGGGCGUGCCGGAUAUUGAUGUACCCCGGUUGAUCUCUUUUAUUGAGGCGUGUCAGACCUACGACGGUGGCAUGGCCGAAUCUCCUUUCUGCGAGUCGCAUAGCGGACAUACAUAUUGUGCAAUUGGUUCGUUGGACUUUGUUCGUCGCACAUCUCCUGAUCUGAGAUCAGUACCGCUACUAUCAGCCGGGUCAGAGAAAUUUGAGUCUUUGAUUACAUGGUUGGCCUCAAGGCAGACGGCUCGAAUUGAAGACGAUGGCAAUGAAGACGACAGUGACACCGAAGUGCCCAAUGCAUCUGAAGCAGGAUCUCUCACUGAAAGAAUCCAAGGGCUGCCCAAUGUCGAAUCACUGGAAGCAGAGACAAUAUCAUGCGCCGGGUUCAACGGGCGAUGCAAUAAAGUUGCCGACACCUGUUAUUCAUUCUGGAAUGGAGCGACACUGGUGAUGCUGGACCAUUACUCUGUGAUUGACGAGGCUCGCAACCGUCGAUACUUGCUGGAAAAGACCCAACAUCUCGUUGGUGGAUUUGGAAAAGCGCCCGGAGAUCCUCCAGAUUUGCUUCACUCAUACUUUGGCAUGGUUUCCCUGGCCUUCCAGGGCGAAGCAGGCCUCAACCCCGUCGAUCCCACGAUGGGCACCAGUAAACGUGCCGUGCAACAUCUUGAAUCGCUGCCUUGGUGGCAAUAG